AGCCGAGAAAAUGAGAUACUUUUAUAACGGAAGAAGCAUACCGUACCGACGCCGGCUUUACGGAGAAACGCGGGCGAUUUGAUUUUUGAAGUUACGAAAUGAUGCAGGUACCAAAAUGGGCCACGAGUUAAGACAUGGGCCCAAAAUUCCCAAAUAUAACCAAAAUUUGGCGCCAAAAUUACUGAUCCCUCCAAAUCGAAACACAAGCACAGGAAGUCGAAAUCCGGAUCGAAAUCUACAGAGAGCAUCGGAGAAUCGAGGAAGCUUACUUCGAAGCAAGCAAAUGUCGACGAUCUUCAUCGCCGUCCAGUGUUUCCAAUGCUCCACCAUGCAGGUGAAGCAGCAGCGGAGGAGCGGGAAUAAAUGGAACUGUGCAGUGUGCAACGAGAAGCAAUCGGUGCAGAAGGUGUUUGCUCGAGCUCCAAUGGCUAAAGACGUCCGUAAAUUCGUACAGAGUUUCAACAUGUCUCGGAAAUAUGCGGAUGAACAGAAGCAAGUCGAGGAGAUAGUACUAGUAGAUGGAGUAAUUGUUGAUGACGGCCAGCUUGCCUGCAGCACGAGGAAAAGGCGUAGCGAUUGGAGUGCUUACCUCGAUCUCGAGGAAGAUCGCAGCCAAAGUGGAAGAGGAAACGAACCAGAAAUAGGGAGUGAUUUUGCCGACGUAGAGAUCGUGACAGAGCUUCCAGAAGUGAGAGCCAGUAAAUCCAAAUUAACGUGCCGUUCAAGCUGGUCAGAAGAUGGAUCAAGAAACGGAGUUUUGGAACCAAAUUUCUCAAAGAGGAAACUCAUGGCCAAGGAUUUGAGCUCCCAAGAUGAGAUUCGAAACUGGGAGUCGCCAUCAAAAUGGAAACAAAGCAUCUCAGAAGACGAAGAAAAGGCAAGGACAAAAGCUUGCAUAAUGGCGAAGAUAAGAGGACCUUCCAGUUCCAAGUGGAGUGAAUACAUAACUGAAGAAGACAACAAUGGAGAAAAUAUGGCAACAGAACCGAGCAUGGAUAUCUUGAAGACGAUGACAAAUGAUGAAAUGGUUGAAGAUGAUAUCCACCCCGAUUUCAAAUGAAAAAUCGAUCUCAGGAAGAAGUGAAGAAAUGGGCAAGAUCCUCAAGAACCCUAAUUGAAUACGUUUUACUUCCUUUAAAUUCAAUUUCAGACUCCUUGAUGUCAUGCUUAAUUUUAGCAUUAAUAUCAUAGCUGGUCAAGAGAGCUUUGAAAUCUUGAGCCAUAAGAUCAUAAGAACAUAAAAU